CUCCAACGUUCAUUCAUUAUCUCCCUUUUAUUUUAUAACUUCAUACUUCAUCCUACUUUCUACCAAAGAAUGGUUUCUACAUUUGAUAUCAAGAAAAUAUUUGAACUAAGAUCCGAAAGAGUGAAAUCAAUUGACUUGCAUCCAACCGCGCCAUGGGUUUUAUUAGGAUUGCAUUCGGGGAAUGUUUGUAUUUGGAAUCAUCAGUCUCAAGUAACAGAGAAGAUGUUUGAAAUCGCCAAUUCACGUGUAAGAAGCGCAAGAUUUGUUGCACGCAAAGAAUGGAUUGUCAUUGGAGCCGACGAUGGUUUUAUUCGCGUGUACAACUAUAACACAAUGGAAAAUAUUAUCGAGUUCAAGGCACAUUCAGACUUCAUUAGGUCCUUGAUUGUGCACCCAUCUCAGUCGUACUUACUUUCCGCAUCUGACGACAAACAUAUUAAGUUAUGGGAUUGGGAGAAAGGUUGGGAAUGCACUAAAACGUUUGAGGGACAUGAACAUUAUGUUAUGCAAUUAGCAUUUAACCCAAGGGACGCCAACGUGUUUGCAAGUGCAUCACUUGAUUGUAUGAUAAAGUUUUGGGACCUUGGAUCUUUGGAUCUACGUUCUUCAAUCAACGGCCAUACUGAAGGAUUGAAUUCCGUUGAAUUUUUUGAAGAUGACGGAAAACUCUACAUUAACAGGAUCCGAUGAUCAUACUUCUAAAGUUUGGGACUACGAAUCUAUGACUUGUGUCCAAACUCUUGAAGGCCACACACACAAUGUUACUUCAUUUCAGUGUGUUAAACUCGAUGCUAGUUUUAUCAUUACCGGAUCUGAAGACCAAACCGUACGUGUUUGGAAUGCGAAAACUUACAACUUAGACCAUGUCUUCACCUCCGAACUCGGUAGGGUUUGGACCAUUGGAUUUAUAGAAGACUCAUCCAAGAUUAUCCUUGGUUGUGAUGAAGGGAUGCUUGUUGGUCAACUUAUCUCUAUUGGUUAUUGAGCAAGUUUUAGAUCUUGUAUGUGUGUGUAUGUGCAAAAAUAUAUAUCAAUAAAAUUUGCUUUGUUUACUAUAAUAUUAUUUCAAGAUUAUGAUGUAUUUGUCUAUUGUAUAAUGUUUGAAAAUAUAUAAUAAAAUUAAAUAAAUAUAUA